AUGCUGUCAUGUAAUUCGGUGAGUCAUAGAGCAAUACGAAUAUACAGAUCAUAUUCUAUUUCUGGAAGAAGCUAUACACUCAGUGCGGACUCAAGUGCCGAAUCAGCACAAAGCUCUUUCUUACGUCCCCUGAAGGAUCCACCGAGACGGACAUCUAAGUGGAAAAUGAUAUCCGAUAGAGAAAGAGUUCAAAGCUACAAGUGUCUAGAAAAAACCGCUAUUGCUCAUAUCUUGAGCUCACCUCCACGGAUGUUACAUGUAGCUAGGAUUGUUAUUCCACGUGACUUCUUAGUGCCACUAAGAGUUAUGGAGAAUCCAAUACGGGGAGAAGCUAGCGUAUUCCCGUACAUUAUUGCUCCAUAUCACCCUGAUGAUCUCAAGGUUCCCGAAGAUCCAGUGUUAUAUUAUGCAAACUCCAUAAGUUUAUUUGAAAGCUACAAUAACAAGGAAACCACCGGGACACACACUGUACCUUUACAAAAACUUACCAUCUAUAACAAUAUGUAUCCGAACAUAAAGGUGCAUAAACAUGUCGGUUGGAAUAUUGAUACUCACAAAGUAAUUGAACAAAUUUACGUAGAUUUGUUAAAGCAUGAAUUGGAGAAAUGUGAAGUAUUUGAAGAACUAAUGCCAUCUUCUGUUUCUUGUUUGGACUUAGUGUACAUAGACUCCAAGGAGUACUUGUUUAUGGGCGAAGAGAGAAUGCAACUCAAUUUAUUCACAAUGCUGCAGCAUUCUCCAGAAAUAAUUGAAUUGUUAAAAGGCAAGUUCAAAACAAACAUUAUACCAAUUAACUCUUCAACAGAUAACCUAAAUAGAAUACUCAUAAGGUAUUCCAUGUUUUUGAACAAUUGA